UGUCCUGCUGGUUGGUUACUUCUGUCUACCUGGGACCUCUGAGGUGAGGAUGCCAGGAUCCAGGCAGCCCCAGAUGCUGUGUCCCCAGAGACAGCGGUGCGCAGAGCUGUGUCUGGGGACACAGGUAACCACCUUAACAUCUCACCUGUGGGUGUGAAAGAAGCACAGGACCUCCUGCGCAGGGAGUUCUUUAAUUGUCACUGACAGACUAAAAACAGGUGACCCCAGUCUUCCUACGUUUAACUUGUGUUAAUCUGCUCCCAGUGCAAUUUGGAUGGUGACCGAUUUGACAAACAUACAAAGCAAGUUGGGGCAGGACUAAUGCCCAACCCUCUUGGCUCCAGGCCACCCCUGGACAGGGUCCCCCACAGUCCUGGCACUGUGCCCUGCCUGCCUUCACAGGCACCAGCAUGUCCUCUUCGUUGUCUAGAAUUUUACUGCCCUGAGGGCAGUGAAGAGCUCAUUCCUUGUCCACCUCACACACUAGCAGCUGACCCUGGAGCCAAGCAGAAAGAGGACUAUGGGCCUUGCUCCCCUGGGCGCUGGUGCAAAGCAGGCACCCCAGCCACUCAGGCCUGCCCCUCUGGCCACUACUGCCCUGGAGGGAGUGAGACCCAGCCAGGAGCCCCCCAGCCCUGCCCAGAGCAUACCUACCUGGCAGCGGAAGGAGGCCAGAGUCAGGUGGAGUGCCUCCCCUGCCCCACCGGGUACCACUGCCCAUGGCCAGGUCUCUCUUCCUUUGAAGACCACCCAUGUCCUCCGGGCCACUGGUGUCUAGGUGAGCAGGGGGCCUUUCUCUGCCACCUGGCACCUUUCGAUCAGAGCCAGGGCAUCAGCACAGGAAGACUGUGAGCUCUGCCCUCCAGGCUACCACUGCCCAGACCCUGAGCUUCAGGGCCGUGCAAAAGUGUUUGCUUUCCCCUGCCGAGCCGGAUCUGAGUGCCCAGCAGGUGAGGCUGCAGGAUGACCCCAGCCCCUUCCCAUCCCUCCCCUCAUCCCUGAGACUCAGGCCACAGAUAUGGACCAACCCCCACAAGGCUCACCCAGUCUCUGGUGGCAUCCACAUCACCUGGUUGUCCCCAGACCAAGGUGCCUUCAAGCCCCCUCUUGCUCCCCAUUUGAGUCAAGGAGGAGGCUGGCCAGAGGUUUAACUAGAAAUAGCAUGCCCAGUACAGAGUGUCCAGUGCCUGCCACAACUCGAGGCACAACCAAAGGCACCCUCCUGUUGGCUACCUUCAGGGGAGCGGUGGCCUCAGUGCCACCUGCCCUGUGCGUCCUCAUGAGAGCUCCCACCCUACCUCAUGAAAUGUAUCCUCCUUCCUGCCCUGGCCGCUGGCUCAACAAGGACAAGGGA